AAAACGUUUAGUGAACGGAUAAAAUAUCAAUAACAGAAAUUGUUUAUUGUUUUAUUCCUUCUCCCCAUCCUUCCUUUUAUUCGGUGCAUGUUCUAAGCCCGGCUCUUCCAUUCUAUAUUCGCUUCAACUUCCGAAUUUCCUAUUUUAUUUUAAUUAGUUGAAUUGACCAUCUUGCCUUCAAUCUUCCCAAAUAGAUCUCAUUUCCCUUCUCUCCGGUCGUUCUUCUUUGAUCCGCUAAGGGAAUCAAUCACUUCGAAUUCUCUCAGCAUAGAAAAGAAAGCGGCAGGAAAUUUUAGUUAUGUUGGGGACAGGAUUGGGGUUUGGGAGAGUUCGUGGAGAAGAUAGGUUUUACAAUCCGGCCAAGGCGAGAAGGUCGUACCAGAAACAGCAAACCGAUCAACUACGGAGGGCUCAAAGCGAUUAUACGGUCAGUCAAUCGAAUGUGACCCGGGAGUCAGAGAAGGGGCUUGGUUCAACUGACCCUCCUAAGCCAGUUUUGGUUCCCGUUUCAGAACCGGUUGUCUCUCCAUUGAGUAAUUUAGAGCGGUUUUUGGACUCUGUCAUUCCUUCCGUCCCCGCACUUUACCUCUCUAAGAGGACGAUGAGAGGGUGGCGGACGUAUGACGGAGAAUUUCAGCCAUAUUUUGUGUUGGGCGAUUUAUGGGAGUCAUUCAAAGAAUGGAGUGCUUAUGGAGCAGGAGUCCCACUGAUUUUGAAUGUCUGUGAUUCUGUUGUUCAGUAUUAUGUACCUUAUUUGUCCGGUAUUCAAAUAUACGUGGAUUCCGUGAAAUUGUCUGCCAAGUCCAGGCAACCAAUUCAGGAUAGUGAUAGCGACUUUAGGGACUCGAGCAGUGAUGGUAGUAGUGAUUGUGAACCUGAAAGAGGAUCAAAUGUUUUGAGGGAAACAAGAAAUCACUACAUGGCAAGUGAGAUGUCUCUUAGGAUGGAUAGACUAUCCAUGGGAGAUCAGCAGAUACUUCAAGAAGACUUGUCUAGUGAUGAGGCUGAAUUUGUCAAUUCUCAAAGUUGUUUGAUUUUUGAGUAUUGUGAACGGGACCCUCCUUAUAGCCGAGAACCUUUAGCUGACAAGAUUGCAGAUCUGGCCUUCCAGUUCCCUGAAUUGAAGACACUAAAAAGCUGUGAUUUGCUAUCUUCCAGCUGGAUUUCUGUUGCAUGGUAUCCAAUCUACAGAAUACCUACUGGACCUACAUUAAAAGAUUUAGAUGCUUGCUUUCUGACUUACCAUUAUCUUCAUACACCUAUAGGAGGUGGAGAAAGUGCUCAGGCACCUUUUAUUACUUGUCCCAAUGACAUGGAUGAUGUUCCAAAGAUGUCAUUGCCUGUCUUUGGUCUCGCGUCAUACAAGUUCAAGGGCUCCUUGUGGACACCUAAUGGAACAACUGAUUGUCACUUGGCAAACGGCCUCUUUCAGGCUGCUGACAAUUGGUUGAGACUUCUUCAUGUUAAUCAACCAGAUUUCACAUUUUUCUGCCGCAGGUGAUAGUUAGAUAUCUCAGUAAUGGUAGUUCUAAUCAUUAUUUGUCAAAAUAUUUCCUACAAAAACUAUAGUACUUCAGUUUUGGAGGUCAAGGCCAAAAGCUCAAUGUGGGGUGAUCGUCUUUUUUAAUAAUCUAUAAAAGAACUUGCAAUAAUAAAAAAAAAAAAACAAAACAAAAAGAAAAGAAAAGAAAAGAAGACCGAUUGAGAAUGCUGCUAGCUGAAAGUGAAGAAGUGAAGCAUUUGAAAUAAAUAAAGGGAGUGAAUGGAGAAAAUUUAGACUCAGAGCUCAAGCCAGUGUGAAGGUGGUUUCUGCUCGGUAUCUGCAUGUUAGUUCCUUCUUGCUUUUCUUUUUCCAUGUUUUUAAGUUGAAAUUAUGGAUAAAUUAAGCAAAACCAGGCCCUUUUAUUCUGUCCUGAUGAUCAUGUAGGAUUUUAUAUUUUACCCGACAUUGUAGAGGGGAUUUUGGUACGGUGGUUGUAUAAGUGCGACCUUUGAGCUAUCCCUGUUAUUGUAUUGUAAUGCUAAUAAUGUUCAUUAAAUUUAAUCUCUUAAGAAUGGUAUGUUAAGAGAAUCAGUUUUAAUGAAAGGAAAGUGAUAUUGUUUCAGUAGGUAA